UUGUAAACUUUCAGCUGCUCGAUUCGGGUACGAAUCAUUCUAAACGAACCGGUUCAUCUGAUUCACUGAAGAGAUUCAACUUAAAAGAUUCCCCGCCAGAGUUCAAAUCUCCAUCGCUUCUCAGAAGAACAUAAACAUGGCCACGAGGAAAUACAUCCGUAGAUCAAUUCAGGAAAAGAAGCGUAUACUCGAGAAGUAUGACCAACUUCCUCCAAUGUCCCAAAGAGCUGCCGCGCGUCUGCUAAACAUCUCAGGGCCUCUGCUUUGCACCUGGCUCCGGAACAGGAAUAUUAAAAAUGCCAAGUCUAACCUUCCUAAAACUGCCUUUUCCACUCGCAAGACGCCUCGAGUAGAAGCUGCACUCUGGAAGUGGAUCGAUACUUCCCGUGAAAACGGAAUCACGGUAGAUGAUUCAACGAUUCGUAAAAAAGCGACUCAAAUGGCUACAGAAAUGGGUCUGUGUAAUUUCAGGGCAAACACAGAGUGGCUGACACGGUUCAAAACACGGGAGGCGGUGAUACGAGAGAUGUUUCAGAUCGACUACAAAAAAGGAGACUCAUCAGAAGAACCCAAAUCUGAUAAUAAAGCGACUGAGCCUAAGACCAACCUUACAGCCAGAAAGACGCAUCGAAUCGAAGCUGCACUGUGGCGGUUGAUCGACCGUUCUCGUGAGAGCGGUGUUAACGUGGACGAAUCGACGAUUCGCUCUAAAGCGGCUCGGUUGGCCCGGACUGUGGGUUUCCGUAACUUUAGAGCGAACAGAGAAUGGUUCACACGCUUUAAAACCCGAGAGGGAGUCAUACGAGCGAUGUUCCAGAUCGGCCGACAUAAUCGCUCAUUUAGUAAUAAGACUGUGGCACAGCUAGUACCAAGGACGGAUUUCACAUCUACAAAGACGCGACAAAUUGAAGCCGCGCUUUGGAGAUGGAUCGAUCAUUCUCGAGAGAGGGGUGUUACGGUAAAUGAUCGAAGGAUUCGUUCAGAAGCGACUCGGUUGGCUCGGAUGAUGGGAUUCGGUAACUUUCGCUCAAGCACAAACUGGUUCAACCGUUUUAAAACUCGGGAGAAUGUUGUACGAGAGAUGUUUCACCUCGACCAGUUUUCAGAAAAUACACAAAGUAACCAAACUGAGGACAGAAGUGUGUCAGAACAAUCUGAUGAGAGCAUAACGGACCAGUCUAACGAUGAAAGUGACACACUAUCGGAUCUGGACAUCCCAAAACUCGAACCGACAAUAGUCACGGCGGAGCUCAGCGGUGGUUUACACACGGUCACUGUACCGUCACUGUGGCAAAUGAAGGAAGCUAUGAAAACACUAGCAACUGGGUUGUUGUACAGAGGAUUCUGCGACUUUAAACUUCUUCAUCAGUUUGAAAAAGAAGUUGGUAAUGUUUUGAGAAGAUCUGUGACCCUAGGAACGCAAAACGGGCUUCAAGCCUAAAAUCCUGGGUUACAGUUAUAUGGGUUUAAGUGUGUUGUAGAUUGUUAGAGACUGGUAGUGUAUAGUACAAUCAUAACAGCACAGGGUCCAGUUGAUAAAAAGUAAUCUGAUUGGAUUUCAAAGAAAAAAUAUUCACAAUUAAAAAAUAAAGUUUUUUUUUUAUUGGCAUCAAUGGUUCUACAAAGAAGCUUUCAAAUGCAGAAAAGGUUCUUUACAGUCAAAAAAGGUUCUUUAGGUUUUUAAAAUGUUCUUCAAAAUGGUUAUUUUAGGAAGUGCUUACUGUAAGGUUCUUUAGGGAGCCAAAAAUGGUUCACUGCAAAAACCUUUAUUUUUAAGAGUGUUGGAUCAAAUCUUGAAAAUGGGUUGUUGAUUGGGAUCCUUUUGAAUACAAAAAGAGAUUAUUCUGAUGUCAGCAGAAGGGUGGAUUUCAGGAAUGUAAUAAUAUUUUAAAACUCGUCCAAAAAAAUACAACAUUUUAACGUAAUAUGUACCCAAAUAGCUGUCAAUAUCAAACAAAAAUAUCAGAUUGAAUUUUAAGGUUUUUUUGUUGUUGUUGUUGUUGUUGUUUUAAUCACCAAUUGUAAACUACGUUGGCACAAUCAUCAGAGAUGGAGCAGUCAGAUAUAGUUAUUUGUGUAAAUGCAAUGCAGAACUAGAAUUCAAAGCAUUGGCAUUUUUUAGAGGCUCCAUAGAGCACUAGUAUAGACCAUUUCACUAGAUGUAAACAUACUGGUCACGAUACACUUCCUGUUUCUUUUUUCUUUUCUUUUUUUACUUCACACAAACAUCACAAAAAAAUACAACCAACAUAACAUUUGACUGGAUGAAAAUGUUACAUUAACACCUUUAAGAUGUAUUUGUAUAUGUGAAAUAAAAAUAAAAAAACAAAAAAA